GUCUUCGCCGCUCUUGGUUACAAAGGCCCCACAGAGCGAAAAAAUCGAAACCUUCCUCAGCAUCCUCCCCUUACGAAUUUCGUCGAUAUCAUCCGAGCACUCGUCCAACACUCUGCUUCCGUUCAUGAGGUGGUCGAGGGUAAGAUGCUGACGAUGCUGUACAUUGUCCGUUCCCACUACCGUGUCAGCAACACCGCGGACUUUUUCCGAAUUUUGAUGUCAAAGUCGUAUGUCGACUUUGAUUCCGCCGAUGAGAGAGGAAUGUCGGCCCUUUGCAAUGCACUAGGGAGCCAUGAGGACGAAGGUGCUUUUCCAAGCUGGUGUUCAGAUGGCGAGGGUCCUCCCGGAUGGAAGGACUCUUCUUCACUUCGCAGCUGAGCUCGCCGACGACGUUGAUGUGCUACGAGAGGUUUACGAAAGAUACGACGUGCGAGAAGUCAAUAGGCAAGACAAGUACGGCUGGUCACCUCUUCACUACAGCAUCACCUCGCAUUCUCAUCGCCCCAGGAACGGUGCUUGUCGCAAAAUUAGAUAUUUCUUAGGCAAGGGCGCAGACUCUUCCGUUAAAGGAGUGGGGCUGAUACUUUGUCAAAUGGGUCUGCCAUUUCACGGAAGUGCAAGAGACGCAUACGAACUCAGCAGCGCCUUGGGCCCGGAGUUGCAUGCAAAGUUCCUUGAAGCUUUAGAAGUAACUGGAAUUCCGGGAGUUGACGACUUAGAUAAUGAAGCCUUUGAGGACGCAGAGGAGACUCUGCUAUAGGCUAGUAUAUGUGCAUGGGGGACCCUAUAGAAACUUUUGCUAAACGGAUCCGCAUAUCAGUCUCUUCAAUACUCUACGCCAUAAAUCUUUCCUGGAGUCAGAGAAGGGGCGAAAACGCUCGCAUACCUGUGAGCCUGUAAUGCACCCACUCAAAGCGAGUAG